AGGCGGGGAGGGCGCCUGGGAUUCUUUAGAGCUGCCCUGGAUCCGGGUUCUCACCGCAGCCCUGGAGGAGGGAAGGCGCCCCCUGCUGACUCGCGGCCGCGCGCGGGGCGGGUGGCUCCCGCGCUCCCCUUGUCCCGCCGGGAGAGCGCCGGGGGCGGGCUGGAGGCUGCGGCUCACGAUCCGCCCCGGGGUGGGCCCAGACCCCGACCCGCGGCGCGCGCGGCCCCUCCCUGCAGCCAGCCGAGCUGGAACCAGCGUCCGUACGACCAUGCACGGCCUCCCGCCGGUCCUGCUGCUGCCGCUGCAGCUCGCCUUGUUUGCGGCCUCUGCGGCCGCCGAGGCGCCAGUCAGCGCUGCGCGGAGCCUGGUGUGGGGGCCGGGGCUGCAGGCCGGAGUCGUUCUGCCCGUGCGCUAUUUCUAUCUACAGGCCGUCGACUCGGAGGGCCAAAACCUCACCCGCUCGCCCCCAGGUCAGUCAUCAUUCAAAAUAGUAAUCAAGUCUCUUUCACCUAAAGAAAUAGUUCGAAUUCAUGUCCCUAAACCUUUGGAUAGGAAUGAUGGGACAUUUUUGAUUCGAUAUAGGAUGUAUGACACUUUUAGUGAAGGGUUGAAGAUAGAUGUCCUUUACGGUGAUGAGCAUGUGGCUCAGUCUCCAUAUAUUUUGAAAGGACCAGUGUACCAUGAGUACUGUGAAUGCCCAGAAGAGGAUCCUCAAGCCUGGCAGAAACUUCUUUCUUGUCCAACUGAGGAGCCACAGAUUUCAAAAGAUUUUGCUUCUUUCCCUAGCAUCAAUCUCCAGCAGAUGCUAAAAGAAGUUCCAAAAAGAUUUGGGGAUGAAAGGGGUGCCAUUGUACAUUACACGAUUCUCAAUAACCACAUCUACAGAAGGUCAUUGGGGAAAUACACAGACUUCAAAAUGUUCUCAGAUGAGAUUUUGCUGUCACUGGCAAGAAAGGUCCUUCUCCCUGAUUUAGAAUUUUAUAUUAAUCUUGGAGACUGGCCCUUGGAACAUAGAAAAGUCAAUGAAACCCCUGGCCCUUUACCUAUUAUUUCCUGGUGUGGCUCUCUGGAUUCACAAGAUAUUAUCCUUCCAACAUAUGACAUCACCCACUCCACACUUGAGGCAAUGAGGGGUGUUACAAAUGAUCUCCUCUCAAUCCAGGGAAAUACAGGACCUUCCUGGAUCAAUAAAACAGAGAAAGCUUUCUUCAGAGGGAGAGAUAGCCGAGAGGAGAGACUCCAGUUGGUACAGCUGUCUAAAGAAAAUCCACAACUACUAGAUGCAGGAAUUACAGGAUACUUCUUUUUCCAAGAGAAAGAAAAGGAGCUUGGGAAGGCUAAAUUAAUUGGUUUCUUUGAUUUCUUUAAGUACAAGUAUCAAGUGAAUGUAGAUGGAACUGUGGCUGCUUACAGAUACCCGUAUCUCAUGCUGGGCAACAGCUUGGUUCUGAAGCAGGACUCACCAUAUUAUGAACACUUCUAUUUGGCACUAAAACCUUGGAAACAUUAUGUUCCAGUAAAAAGAAAUCUUAGCGAUUUACUAGAGAAGGUUAAAUGGGCCAAGGAAAAUGAUGAUGAAGCCAAGAAGAUUGCAAAAGAAGGACAGUUGAUUGCUAGGGGUCUGCUGCAGCCACACCGGCUUUACUGCUACUACUAUAGAGUCCUACAGAAAUAUGCUGAACGCCAGUCUAGCAAACCCAAAAUACGUGAUGGAAUGGAACUUGUGCCUCAGCCAGAUGACAGUACAUCUACUAUGUGCCAGUGCCACAGAAAAAAGCCUGUAAGAGAAGAGCUUUAAGGCAGAUUCGGCACACUCCUGUGUACUGCAGCGACAUCUUUAUUGCAGCAUUCAGGUAGAUUCUACACUGUAGCAAGCACGGCUUAAAAGACUUCCUCCAGACUACUUCCUGGUAUCUUUCUGUCAUGUGGAUGAAUAGAGCAAUAUUAGAACAGUACUGCCAAAUAUCUUCAGAGAGUAAUUUAUUUUAAGUGAAAACUGCUAUUACCAGCAUUACAGUAGCUGUGAGAAGAACACUUGGAGAUCACAGUGAGCAGAGAGGCUUGUCAAAGGAAAUCGCUCUAAAACUAUUUGCAUCAUAUCUAUUGCAUUGCUUUCUAACCCUUAUUUACUUCCCUCUUCCACUUCAAGUAUUUGUGAAGGAGAAUGUUUUUUCUCUCUUUGAUUUAGUCCUUAGAAAUGAACCCAGGGGCCUUGCAUGCACACAAUGCCCAUUUUGAUACUAAGUGCCCCCCGUCUGACUUUUUUUUUUUUUUUUACUCUCUAUUUCUUUUUAAACUAUUGUUUUAUAGGACAGAGAGAAAUUGAGAGGGGAGGUAGAGAGGGAAGAGAAAGAGAAUCACCUGAAUCAUUGCUUGUGAAGUAUCCCCCUAUGGAUGGGAACCAGGGGUUUGAGUCUGGGUCCCUGUACAUGGUAACGAGUGUGCCCAACCAGAUAUGUUGCCACUAGGCCCCUCUUUAUUUUUUUAUUUCUAUUUUUUUUACCAGAGCACUGCUCAGAUGUAUGUGUGGGGGACUGAACCUGAGACUGGAGCCUCAGGCAUGAGUCUCUUUGCAUAACCAUUAUGCUGUUUACCCCCAUCCUCUUUAUUUCUUAGAAGAAACAGAGAGGAGGAAGCAUGGCACUGCUUUGCCAUUCACUAUUCCUGGAGUUUCCCUGGUGACACCCAUUAUGACCCCAUGUGGUGCCAGGGCUUAGACCCAGAGCUUCUGCACACAACAAGGCAUGAGCUCUCCUUAGUGCUUUCUUGUAGGCCUCUUUCACCCAUUUCCUAAGUGAUUUCUCUUCCUCGAUGUCACUUUUGGUAUCCUGUAAUAGCAAGCCUUGUGGAAGGUCUGAUAAUAAUUAAAGAAAAUGAGGAUGGUUCAGUGUUAAAGACUGCUUGGAUUAUGGAGAAAAUGUCUUUUAAAGCUCACUUAGGUUUUUUAAAAAAUGAGCUUUAUGAAGGUUUGAGACAAAAGUAAGGAGAAGUUGUGCCUUGAGCUACUAAUUCUUAAUCUAUCUGGAUUGGGAAUCUAUCCCAUCAAGGACAACAAAGAUAUUAAAAUAGAUGAGAGCUUCCCCUUGGUAUGAUUCAUUAUUUAUACAUUGAAUAGAUACAUGAAAACUGUGGUCAGGUGGGAAACCUUAAUGUCUUUUCCUGAUUAAAAGGGAUUUUUAACUUCUGUGUCAAGCUGCAGGAAGUCUAGUCUUGAGAACUCUCAGCUUUAUGCAUUGGCAGUAUCAUAGCCAAUGAUGUUUAUCCAAGGCAUGAUUAUUGCUAAUUGAGAACUCACUAAUAAGUUAACAACAGAGACAAGCAUCUUUUCCUUACUGCAUUUCCCCUGUUUCACUGGGUUGCAUUGCUACAAUAAAGACAUUGGACUUCUCUUUUACUUAGGAAAGAUUCAAAACUUAAGUCUUUAAACCCAGAAGCUCAUUAUCCACUACUUGUAAUACCAAUCCACAUUCAGUUCAAUAGUGAGCAAUACUAUUGAACAAUACUAUUGGAGCAGUACUCCAAAAAUAAGAAUUAUCAGGGGUUGGGCAGUAGCGCAGCCAGUUAAGCACACAUGGCGCAAAGUGGAAGGACCAGCGUAAGGAUACCAAUUCAAGUCUGCAGGUGUCUAUCUUUCUCUCCCCCUCACUGUAUCCCCUCCUUUCAGUUUCUCUCUGUCCUAUACAACAACAACAAAAAAAAUAAGAAUUAUCCACUUUGUUUAAAAGUAAAACAACAUAACCACUUUAAAGCAAAUACAUGACUUUUUUUGAUGACCAGUAGAACAUAGAAAUUUCUUUAGAUAGAUGAGUAAAAAAAACAUACUUGGAAUGGUGCAAUCAAAACCAAUUAUCAGAGACUGGGUGGUGGCGCACCUGAUUGAGCACACAUGUUACAGUGCCGAAGGACCCAGGUUCAAGUCCCUGGUCCCCACCUGUAGGGGGGAAGCUUCAUGAGUGCUGAAGCAGGUGUCUCUCUGUCACUCUCCCUUUCUAUCCCCCCUCCCUUCUCGAUUUCUGGGUGUCUAUCAAAUAAAGACAAUUAAAAUAAAAAAAAUUAUCUAGGCAAAACUAUUGUGUGCCAGUUGUUAAAAACUGCAAAUAUGUAAGUAUACAACAAAGAAGAAACUGCAUUCAGACCACACCCAAAUGAAUUUCUGUCCUAUGUAGUGAACAUGGACUUUAGGGUUUGCCAAAGUAAAAUUAUAGAAGUAAGUUUGCCUUCCUUCACACCUGCCUGCCUUCUAGUUUCAGGUCCUUCCAGGUGGCAAAUGUCAUUUGGUUGGAAACAUCUUAGAUUUAAAACAAUAGUAUCACUUGUUACUAAACAGGCCUGAAAGAUAAAAGUGAGUUGAGGUAAGAUCAGCAACUUAAGGUCAUAGAAUAGGAAUGACAAACUGAACAUUUAAGUGAAGCCCCUUGAGAAAUUCUUUUUUUUAAUGUGUAUGUAUUUAAUUAAUUGGAUAGGACAAAUAAACUGAGUGCUCAAGGGGAGAUAGAGAAGGAAAGAAACACCUGCAGCACUGCUUCACCACUUGUGAAGCUUUCCCCUUGCAGGUAGUGAUGGGGACUUGAACCCAGAUCCUUCUGCAUGGUAAUGUGUGCACUCAACCAGGUAUACCACCACCCAUCUCCUGCCCCUUGAGAAAUUUCUACACAAAGAGCAGCCUUAAUUUAAGUAAUCUUCCAUUUCAUCAAAUCAGAUAGCCUCCCCCCCGCCCAAUUUUGUUAAAAUUUGAUUUUUAAUGUAUAGCAGUUAAAAGCUUGUUUUACCUAGCUUUCUGGUUUGUUUACAUGAAUGUGACAUAGUAUAAAAUGAAAUUUUAUGAUGAGAUUUCCAUGACAGUGUUCAUUUAAAAAAAAAAAAGGUUGUAGGUUGAAAGCAUAAUGGUUAUGCAAAGAGACUAUCAUACCUGUGGCUCCAGAGUCCCAAGUUCAGUCCCCACACCACCAUAAGCCAGAGCUGAGCAGUGCUCUGGUGAACAAACAAAACCUCAUUACAGAACAACAUGUAUAAUGUGAAAGCAUUUAUGUAAAAUACAAAAACUAGUAUGGUUGAAAUUUUGGAAGAAUGCUCACCAAUCUCUGAGGAGAGAAGGGAUAGCAAAAUUUGACUCUUAGUUUUAUACCUUUGAUAUUUUAAAUGUUUUUACUAUAAUUGUGAAUCAGGUUGUAAAAUAAAGAAAAAUUCAGACUUAGGAAGAGACAAUAACUACAUAAGAGUUAUAAAAAGGAAAUUGAUAUUUAUGUUUUUCACGUACUAUUUUUAAGCCUGCUGUAUCUAAAGUUUUUUUUAUUUUUGAGCAUAUUAUGUAUACUUUUUAAAUAAAGUAAGUUUUAUAAAUAAA